CUACUCUGAUUGAUAUUUUAAGGCUGUAUAUAAAAUGGAAAAAUUCUUCUCACUCUCUGCUUGUUGUACUGGGCUGCAUUUGUAUCUUGGGGACUCGAUGAUUCCUUGCUGUUGUAUUUGCACAUACUGGGAAUAAAGACAAACUGAAACAAUGCCAGAACCCACUGAAACAGCUGAUAUACCAGUACAAGAAAGUGCACCUCCUCCAGUAGAAACUAACGCUCAGAAAGAAGGGAAACCCGCAGAAAAAGUAGAAACUAACGCUCAGAAAGAUGAGAAACCCGCAGAAAAAGUAUGGUCUGCAGGAGAAGAAGGAGAAAAACAAGAUUCACAGAAAUCUGUUUUAUUUGUUGAAAAACCAAAAGGUGGCUCAAUUAGUGUAGGGCAAAAUAUCACAUUCACAGCGAAAGUAGAAGCUCAGGAUCUUCUUCGGAAACCCACUGUUAAGUGGUUUAAAGGAAAAUGGAUGGACUUGGCAAGCAAAGUUGGAAAGCAUCUUCAGUUAAAAGAAACAUUUGAGCGACAAACCAAGAUAUAUACAUUUGAGAUGCAAAUAAUCAAAGCUAAGGACAAUUAUGCCGGAAAUUAUAGAUGUGAAGUAACAUAUAAGGAUAAAGUUGAUAGCUGUUCUUUUGAUCUGGAAGUUCAUGAAACAGGACCUACGCAGUCAUUAGAUAUCCGGUCUGCAUUCAAAAGAAGUGGUGAAGGACAAGAGGAUGCAGGAGAACUUGACUUUAGUGGUCUCCUGAAACGUAGGGAAUUUAAACAGGAACCAGAAGAGCCAGAAGUAGACGUGUGGGAACUCCUGAAGAAUGCAAAUCCCAAUGACUAUGAGAAGAUUGCAUUUCAGUAUGGAAUUACUGACUUGAGGGGUAUGCUGAAACGUCUGAAGCGCACUCGGAGGGAAGAAAAGAAGAGUGCAGGUGGCAUAAGAUACAUAUUUGAACACAAAGGUAAUGAGAGAAUCCUAUUUAUCAACAACUGCUCGCUGACAGAUGAUGCCCGUUAUCAUGUCACAGCAGGAGAUGAGAAAUGCUCAACUGAAUUGUUUGUUAGAGAGCCUCCAGUAAUAGUGACAAAAGGCCUGGAAGAUACCAAUGGUUAUAUUGGUGACAGAAUAGAAUUAUCAGUUGAAGUGUCUGAAGAUGAUGCAAACGUAAAGUGGUUUAAGAAUGGUGUGGAGUUGCCUCUUGAUAGUAAAUCAAGAUAUAAAGUUAAAAUUGAGGGUAAAAAGCACACUUUGAUUAUUGAAGAAGCAACAAAAGCGGACAAGGCAACUUACUCAGUCAUGACAACUGGAGGACAAUCAGCUGGCAAGCUGGACGUUGGUUUGAGGCCACUGAAGAUAUUGCAUCCACUGGAAGAUCAGACCAUCAGGCUCGGCAAAGAGCUCUCUUUGAAGUGUGAGAUUUCUGAAAAUGUUGAUGGAAAGUGGUACAAAAAUGGGCAGCUGCUCCAGCCCAGUGAUCGCAUCAAAAUAUAUCACAAAGGAAGAAUCCAUCGGUUAAUUAUUAAUAACUCACUUGUGGAGGAUGAUGGCGAAUACAUGUUUGUUCCAGAUGCCUACAAUAUCAACAUCCCUUGUAAAGUUCAUAUUAUAGAUCCUCCUAAGAUUCACCUUGAUGGCCUUGGUGAUAAUAACACAGUAACAGUUGUCGCAGGAACAAAAUUACGUCUUGAAAUUCCUGUUUCUGGGGAGCCUCCACCAAAGGUUAUGUGGAGCAAGGGAGAGAAGUGGAUCAUGGAUUCUGCAUCCAGAAUACGGGGAGAGAAUUAUCCAGACAGUAGUUGUUUGGUGAUUGAUUCAGCUGAAAAAGAUGACUCAGGUCCUUACAGAAUCAUGCUGAAGAAUGAAGCUGGAGAAGACUCCGCCGUCAUCAAUAUAAAAGUAGUUGAUAUUCCUGAUGCCCCAGAGGCACCCAAUGUGACUGAGAUAGGAGAAGACUGGUGUAUUAUGACCUGGGAACCUCCAGCCUAUGAUGGCGGGUCUCCUCUCUUAGGAUACUAUAUUGAAAGGAAAAAGAAGCAAAGCUCCAGAUGGAUGAGAUUAAAUUUUGAUCUUAUUAAAGAAACAACUUUUGAGCCCAAAAAGAUGAUUGAGGGAGUUGCCUAUGAGGUGCGUGUGUUCGCAGUCAAUGCCAUUGGGACCUCCAAACCAAGCAUGCCAUCAAAACCUUUUGUGCCUCUAGCUGUCACAAGUCCUCCUACUUGUCUGGCAGUGGACUCUGUCACUGAUACUACAGUUACCAUGAAGUGGCGACCACCAGAUCAGAUUGGAGCUGCAGGUUUAGAUGGUUAUGUCAUAGAGUAUUGCUUUGAAGGAACGGAACAAUGGAUUGUGGCCAAUAAAGAUCUAACAGAUAAAACAAAAUUCACCAUCACUGAUCUUCCAACUGGAUCAAAAAUCUUUGUCCGAGUAAAAGCAGUAAAUGCUGCAGGCCCCAGUGAGCCCCGGAUGCAUCCACAACCUAUAUUAGUUAAAGAAGUUAUAGAACCUCCGAAGAUUCGUCUGCCGAGACACUUAAAGCAAACUUAUAUCCGAAGGGUUGGAGAAGCUGUGAAUCUUGUUAUUCCUUUCCAUGGAAGGCCAAGACCAAAAGUAUCUUGGAAGAAAAAUGGUACCCAUGUAGACAAGAACCAAAUUAAUAUCCGCAACAGUGAAAAUGAUUCUAUCAUCUUUAUCCGAAAAGCAGAGAGGAGCCAUUCUGGGAAAUAUGACAUGAAGGUCAAAGUAGAUAACCUCGUGGACAAAGCCACAAUAGAGAUUCAAAUAGUUGAUCGUCCAGGUCCACCCCAAGCAGUAAAAAUUGCAGAAGUCUGGGGAGAAAAUGUUGCUUUGGAAUGGACACCACCAAAAGAUGAUGGCAAUGCCAACAUUACCGGUUACACAAUUCAAAAAGCAGACAAAAAGAGUAUGGAAUGGUACACCGUCAUUGAACAUUACCACCGGACCGCUGCUACUAUUACGGAACUUGUAAUCGGAAAUGAGUAUUUCUUCCGCAUUUUCUCUGAAAAUAUGUGCGGCCUCAGUGAGGAUGCCACAAGAACAACAGAAAGUGCUGUGAUUGCUAAGGAUGGUAAAGUGUACAAAAAUCCAGUUUAUGAGGACUUCAAUUUCACUGAACCACCAAUGUUUACUCAGCCUUUAGUUAAUACAUAUGCCAUAUCUGGUUAUAAUACAACUUUGAACUGCAGUGUCCGAGGAAAUCCAAAGCCCAAGAUAACAUGGAUGAAAAAUAAAAUCAUUAUUAUGAAUGACCCACGUUACAGAAUGUUUAGUAACCAGGGUGUUUGUACACUGGAGAUUCGAAAACCCAGCCCCUAUGAUGGUGGCACAUAUACUUGCAAGGCAGUCAACAGUCUUGGUGAGGCUGAAGUUGAAUGCAAAUUGGAAGUCAGAGGUGGUCUCUCGUUCUUCCGACUACUACUGCAAGGAGUACCUCCGCAUAUUGCGCAGUCCUAUUUGAAAGAAAUGGACGCCAGCAAGUAUGGAAAAAAAUAAAUUCUGGCCCCAGUGCUUCUCUGCUUUUGCACCAGAAACUGCUAGCCACUCUGCAGCCUCUCAUUUCUACCGUGAUCCUCCUAAAUCAUAUAUAUCGCACCUUCUGUUUUCCUCCUGUUCCUGGUGGAAAGAAAAACACACGCAUGGAUUGCCUUUCUUUUCUUUCUUUCUUUCUUUUUUUUUUUGAAGUUUAGUGAAAUAAGCUGAUGCUUACCUGCAUUUUGUACUGUUGUGUAUUUCUGUUUCCUUCUCUUUCCCCUCUCUUUUUUUAAUGCAAAACAGAAGACAAGCUAAACAAAUAUGCAUGAAAGUUCAUUUUUAGUUUCUAAUUUAUAUGUUUUAAUUUUUGUGAAAAGCAGAUGCUGCCACACCCAAUAACGAUGGAAUCAGAACAUACAUCACCUCUUUUGAUAAGCAAAUAACAUGCCUCCUGUGUACACAUGAUUUACAGCAUUUAACCAUUAAUUGAGCUGAAUGCAUCUCAAGUUAAAAGGGUUCCCCCCCCACCCCCCAUUGUUUAUUUGUGAAUCCAAUUUCUUUAAGCUACUACAGGGGAUAUUUUUGGGUGAUGUAUAAUAAAGCUGAAGUGUUUAUGACCUAGUCACAUA